AUGGGCUGGGUGAGAGAUUCGCCGUCUCUAUUCCAGGCGAUGAGUUCUCCACCAUUAUCACCGCUUGCUAUGAAUUUCCCGUCCUUUGAUACUGCAACACUUCGUACGCUGAAGCGAUGCCCCUUCAUUGUCUUCAAUGCAACACCAUUUUCUAAGUCCCACAGACGAAGCAUCCUGUCCCACGAGGCCGUCACCAUACGGCACAUGUCCAUCCCUUCAUUCAAUUCCACCACCUACUCCACCUACUCCAUCCUGGACGCACGGUCAGAGAAUCGAUACCACUCCUGCGGAUUCACAUUCACUGUGUGUCCCGUCCAUUUCGCGAUAACUUUGCCUGUGUCCAUGUCCCACAGCCUCACUCCGCCAUCCGAACUUCCGCUAACCGCUUUCUUCCCGUCCGGAGACAACGCUAUCGUCCACACUCCGCUACCCCCCGUCCGCCAGUCCUUUCCUAUCUGUUUCCCACUCUUCAAGUUCCACAUCGGCAGCGAGCCGUCGGAUGAACAAGUCAUCAUUCGUUGUCCGUCCAGUGGUGUUAUCGCGGAACCCUCCUGCGUCUUAACGAUGGGUGGAGACAACGAUGGGUGGAGACAUGAUUCUCAGUUUUCAACUACCGAACACGCUGAGCGUUUAGGUCAAGUCGGAGUCGAGUACACUGGAAGUUCGAGAUGUUACCCAACUGAUAACUGCUACGCAUUGUACGGCAUCGGUUCUCCUGUCUUCCCACAAGACGUGUUUCAGAAUUUCCUCAACCGCACCUCUAGCAUCAAUAUCAUCGCUCCCUAUCUCAACCCCACCAGCUAUGCGCAAGCCAGUGGGCUGCCCAUGAUUAUGAUGGAGACAAACUCAGCAUCCUGUGGUGGCUUACCUGGGAUUAGUGAUACCUUUGGCGCGACUCUAUGGGCACUCGAUUAUGGCCUUCAGAUGGCUUAUAGCAACUUCUCAGGUGCAAUGAUGCACGUUGGUGGACAAGAUGUGUACUACAAUCCUUUCACUCCACCUCCUCUGCAAGCCAACACCGAUAACAUGUUUACUCCUGCCUACGCAAUCUACGAAAAUGGUGCCCCCGUGCGGGAAGUACAACAUUAUGUGGGCAGGCCAGACCUUUGGCGGAACCUUCCAUCAUCCAAUACAUGUCAAGUGACUGUCCCUGCCCCUGGCGCCGCACUUGUCUUCCUCUCCUCCAACGCAUAUGCAGAGUCAGGGAACCCCUCGACCCAGACAUUCUCUACCACGGCGGUCACGAAGACAGUGAACACAGCGAGGAUUGACCCGAGUGUGCUGGCAACCUCGAAUGGGAUGUCAGGAGCCACAUGGGAGCUUGGGAGUACGAGCAAGGGGAACACUGGUGCCAGCCUGAGGAAUUCACUUUCAGUUGUUUCUAUUGUCGGACAGCCACUCAAACACACCGUACGUGUUUGCUGCAUCACCAUUUCUCCCAACGGAGAACAGCUCACCAAGAACACACUUUCUGCAGCAUUCGGGAUGGAUUACUUAUACUUUGCGCGUCACAGUAAGGUGAAGUUGGGCCUAAAGCUCUAUGCGGAGGCCCUUUCGGACGCGGAAAAGGUCAUUGAGCUCAACCCUUCGUCUUAUCUCGGGUACGAACUAAAGCACGCAGCGCUUCAUGGAGCACAUCGCCAUUAUGAUGCAUUCGAAGCCUUAACAAUCAUGCUCUCCAAGUUGAAUGAUACACUCGACUAA